AUGGCUCUGGCAGAGCCCUUUCUGCGACUGCUGCGCCUCCUUAUCUGCUUCCCGUCCCUAGCGGCGCCGCUUUGGAGCUUGGAGGAGGAGGAGACCCUUCUCGCCGAGUUCAGCGUCGUGCAGACGAGUUCGCAGCUGAUACAUCUCUCCCCCGUCGAAUCCCCGCACUUCGAAGCGAGGAGCCGUUGGCAUCCGCGGUUCGACCACCAUUUCUGGGAUGCUUUCUCACCGUGCGUCUCCUUUUCCUGUCCAGGGAUAGACAGAGGUCAUUGGCGCCUGAUGUCUUGGGGCCAAGUCUUGCCGAGCCUCCUUGAAAACGGCGUUUGCAGGGAUUGCAUCUACAACGCAUGCGAGAAGCCGCGGAUGUUCCAGCUCGUCCCUGCACCAGCCAAUGCCUUCAGCAGCCUGGGUUUUGUGGCGGUGGGCCUCUUCGCUCUGGUCGUGGCCUUCCUGGACCUGCAUGGGCCCCAAUGGAGACAGGGACCGGUGAUCCGCCACGGAAUUCUCUUCGGAACAGUUCUGGUGGCUGAAGGGGUCGCCUCCUUUGCCUACCGUCCUUGA